AUGAAUAUCAGCAACCGCAUUGUAGUUACUCCGCUGGGAGCUGGUCAGGAUGUUGGACGUAGCUGCAUCUUAAUAACAAUUGGUAAUCGAAAUAUUAUGCUCGAUUGUGGAAUGCAUAUGGGCUAUCAAGAUGAACGGAAAUUCCCUGAUUUCUCAUAUAUUACAUCUGAUGGUAAUAUUACAGACAUAAUUGACUGUGUAAUUAUUUCACAUUUUCAUUUGGAUCAUUGUGGUGCACUGUCCUAUUUAACUGAACACCUUGGUUAUCAUGGCCCUAUAUAUAUGACACAUCCUACUAAAGCAAUUGCUCCAAUUCUAUUAGAAGAUAUGCGUAAACAUUUAGUUGAAUAUGAAGAAGAAGCAAAAUAUUUUACAUCAAGUGCAAUUAGGGAUUGUAUGAAGAAAGUAACCGCAGUGAAUUUACAUGAAGUUGUGACUGUUAAAGAUGACAUCGAACUAAAAGCAUAUUAUGCAGGCCAUGUAUUGGGAGCUGCCAUGUUUUAUAUUAAAGUUGGAAAUGACUCUGUGGUAUACACUGGUGAUUUUUCAAUGACCCCUGACCGGCAUUUAGGAGCUGCUUGGAUUGACAAAUGUCGGCCUACAUUACUUAUAACAGAAUCAACAUAUGCCACAACAAUAAGGGAUUCAAAGCGAUGUAGGGAACGAGACUUUUUGAAAAAUGUGCAUGAAUGUAUAGAUCGUGGUGGCAAAGUGUUAAUACCAAUUUUUGCAUUGGGAAGAGCUCAAGAGUUAUGUAUUCUUAUUGACACUUACUGGGAUCGUAUGGGUCUUAAAGUUCCUGUUUAUUUCGCAGCAGGUUUAACUGAGAAAGCUAAUAGUUAUUACAAAAUGUUUAUAACUUGGACUAAUCAAAAAGUCAGGCAAACAUUUGUUCAACGGAACAUGUUUGAUUUCAAGCACAUUAAACCAUUCGAUAAGACGUAUAUGCAUAAUCCCGGUCCUAUGGUGGUAUUUGCAACGCCUGGUAUGUUACAUGCUGGCUUAUCGUUGAAUAUAUUUAAAAAGUGGGCUCCCGAUGAAAAAAAUAUGUUGAUUGUACCAGGUUACUGUGUCUCUGGAACUGUUGGUAAUAAAGUCUUGAGUGGUUCUAAAAAAAUUGAAGCUGAACCAAACAAAUUCAUUGACGUUAAAAUGUCAGUUGAAUAUUUAUCAUUUUCAGCUCAUGCUGAUGGUAAGGGUAUCAUACAACUAAUAAAAAACUGUGAGCCUCAAAAUGUGUUAUUGGUUCAUGGUGAAGAAGAAAAAAUGAAAUUUCUCAGAGCUAAAAUAAUGCAAGAAUUUAACAUAAAUUGUUACAUGCCUGCUAAUGGAGAAACUGUAGAAAUUGAAACAGCAAAUAUACAUACAUUCAAUAUGAGUACAAAACUAGUUAAAGAAAUAUUAGAUGAUCAAUCAAAUAAUUUGGGAAAUGGGAAACGCUUGGUACACGGAGCAUUCCUUUUGAAAAAUGGUUCUUCUAAUUUAAAUGCCAUGAGUGUGAAAGACACUUUCAAAGAAUUGGAUAUUCAACGACACACCUUAAGAUUUACUUGUACGGUGGAAAUUAAAGAAUCAUCUACAAUCCAAAAAACUAAAACUAAAUUAUUUGAAAUGCUGGAAAAUAAUUUGCCAAUUUUUAAAAACAAACUUACCAUGUCUGAUGGAUCAAUAUCGUUAGCAUCAAUUUUAGUGACUGUAGAAGAUAGUAUGGAUAAUAAUAAAAAGAAAAUUGUAAUUUCUUGGGCUAAUGAAGAUGAGCCAUUGGGUAAUCAUGUGCUUGAAAUGUUACAAAAUACGAGCAGCAAGUCUGAUUAA